AUGUCCAUAACAGCAUCCCACCAAGGCCGCUCAUAUCCUCAUGAGAUGGCAACCCGCUCCCGGAGCUCUGCUUGUCCUGCGUCCCCUCUUGAUCAAAGAGAGUUGGGACCCACUCUUCUGGCAACCACUGUUGAGUCAACAAGCCUUGAACCCAAGGUCUAUGGGGAAGUCUUCCUUGAACAAGCAAUCUCCCUCAUCUUGGGAUUGCAAAACCAAGUCCUCCAACUCAAGCAGGAACUUGAAGAAACCAAGGAAGCAGCAAAGGAAGCCCAAGUGUCACAACUAAGCUUGGACCUAUGA